AUGUGUGCCCCGGUCUUCCCCGAUCUCUUCGAACACGAAGAGGACAUCGACCAGGACGAAGCCAUCCGCACCGGCAAAGUCAUCAACCAAGCGACCCCGCCGCUACGGACGUGGAGGAAAGGCACUGCUCUACCUAUUUUCUACCGGCAUGGCCAUGAAAGUGAUGAGAAUUUCAUUGAUACGGAUGAGGGAGCAGAUACCGAUGCAGACACCUUAAAUGACCAUGUGGAUUCAGAAACCGGCGAUGACCAUGUGGAUGCCGAAACCGGAGAUGGCCAGGGUGAAGGGCAGAGCCAAUAUGAUGGUGAUCGAGAUGGCUCGGCAGGAGGAGUGUAUCCCACCAGAAAUCCAGUGCAGGUUGUGGGGCUGACUUUUUCCGUGGGUGGUCGGGUGGUGUUUUUGCUUCAUCUGAGAUGUGUUGGGUACGGCCGCGAUGAGGUUGAGGAUGAACCAAGGGAAGAAAGUGAAGGUGCUGAUGGGCAAGAGGGAGAAUAUGAGGGUGAUGAUGAACAAGAAGGAGGAUAUGAAGAUGACGAAGGAGAUGAAGGAGAUGACGAAUAUGACGAAGACGAAGAGGAAUACGGCGGCGGCGACGACGAUGACGACGGUGACGACGAUGACGACGGUGACGACGAUGACGGCGACUACCCCAGUGACAGCGACUCUGACCACCAUCAACACCUAUAUGGGGAAGACGAAAAUGUGUGCAUCCUCCCUGACUGCCCCGAGAGACUUCUCAUCAUUCAGGAACGAUUAGAAACCCGGCGUGACUUCUUCCGGGACGCGAUGAUGAUAAUGCAUGGGAAAUAUGUGCACUUGUUGGAUGUGUCCGAGAUGGGGGGCGAUGCGCAGGGAUAUAUUCCUUCUGAAAAGCCGUGGGAGAGUGAAGAUGCGCGACUGAAGUGGGCCGAAUUCUUGAACCGCGUACCCCAAUUUGUUUGCUGGGAUGCAGACAACAAUCUACCUUGCAGCAUUGACGAUCUCAAUGACUUCUACGCCCUGCGGCAGUGGAUGUUGGAGCUGCUGCCCUGGGUGGUUGAGUCACCCCCUUUGGCUAUCAGGUUGGCCUCUUGA